GGUGCAGAAGAGCACUAUCCAGGAUUGGAGACUGCAUAUUUGGAAUAAUGACAGAUACAAAUUCAAGUAUUGGAAAUUUGGUUCUUAAAGAAAGUGAUGAUAAAUCUGUAAGAUUUACAAAUAAUUUUUCCAUACAUAGCCCAUUUAUACAUAUUGCAUCAACAGAUAUAUACAGUGAUAAAACAAAAUUACCCCAAGAAGUUGAUAGUUUGAGAGAAAUGAUGGGAUUUGAUCUUUGUUUAUAUGGGCGUCCACUUUGGAUGGCAAAUCUUGUAGCAACAGGUGACAUUAAUGGGACUAUAUCUUUGGCUAGGAAUAAACUGACUGGGUCAAUUUUGCCCUCAGUGUUGGGAAACAACAAUAAUUAUGAAGAAAAAUGCAUAACUGCUUUAUCACAUUUUGGUUGUACUGUAGGCCUUUAUCUUUGUCCUAGAGCAAAAUUACCUUCUCAAUUAGCUUGUAAUCAUAUGGCAACUAUAACUUAU